AUGUAUAAUUCAAGUCAGAAAAACCAAUAUUACAAUGGCAGUUCUGACAAUAAUAGGGUGGACCGUUGGGGUGGUUAUGCAAAUGCAAAUCCUUCAUAUAAUCGUUCUAAUAGAGAAUCCCGUUCUGCUGCUGCAGGCACGUGGCGUACGCGAACGAAAGAUGAUGAUGACGACGAUUCCUCUUUAGGUUCAUCGGUUUAUUCUCAACCUAGUGUUCUUGGUGAUGGUCAUUCAAAUUUGAGGCGACAAAAUACUACAGAGUCACGUCGUCAAGAACCAUUAUAUGAAGAUGAACAAGAAUUUACAAAUAACUUUGAACCGUUAGAAUAUCCUCCUUCUCCUCAUUCUCCUCAUGCAGGUUCUGUAACAACUCGUGGUAGUACGGCCGCCUUGACCUCAGGAAUCACUCAACGACCUUCAUAUGAUCAAUUUGAAAAAAAUAAUGAUAUGAUGGAUCAACAAUAUUAUCGUGAUUUUAACCAAGGUCCACCAGAACAAUUUGAUGUUUACAAUGACUUCAAUAAUAACCUUCGUUCUUAUAAUUACGAUGAAGAAGCCGCGUCUAAUCCAACCAAUGUUGCAUUGGCUGGUUCCAAUGCUUACUCUAAAAGUAAUCUUAGUGGAAAGGAUUUUUCUGAUCGCGAUCUUCCUGGUGGAAAUGGUGAUGAGAAAGGUGUUCGUCAUUCGACUACCGGUGAUCAUUUAGUAGUUCAACAGAAACGAAGAAGACGCUGUUGUUGUUGUUGUUCAAGAAAAUUAUGUGUUAUAAUUACAUUUAUAAUUUUAGUUAUUUUGGGUGCUGGCCUAUUCUUUGUUUGGCCUCGUAUUCCUUCAUUUUCUAUCCAAGGGGAUAAAACCUCUCCAUCAACUAAUAAUCCAACCAUUAGAACCGAUUCUCCGCCAAUUGUUGACCUGGAUUUCACUGUGACAGCCAUGGUUGAUAAUCGUGCCAAUUGGUUACCAUUUUAUUUUAAGAGUAUUAAUGUUCAAUACUUUGAUCCUACAAACAGUCGAGCAAUUGGCAGUGGCGUUGUGAAAAACUUUAAAAUUUCUGGUCGAUCACUUUCGUCUGUUGAUAUUCCUUUAUCUAUUCUAUAUCAACCUUCUCAAGCCGAUGCAAUCGUUGAUAAUUAUGCAACUGCUUGCACAACACCUACUAAUGCUACUCAAGAUCAUCAAACAUUACUAAGUGCAACCCUUAAUUUACAAAUGUUCAUUUUUGGAUUGGAUUGGAUAUAUAAACCUACAUCAUCUAUUGCGGUUUCAGAUUUGAAAUGUCCUUAUGAA